AUGUGGGAUAUGACUGAGAUUUGGAAUACUCCAUGCCAGAAGAUUACGACUGAUUAUGAUUACGAUGAAAGAAAUGAAGACCAAAGAUUCGUUGUCAUCCAUCGCAUCGCGAAACAUGCUCAAAAGAGAAACGAGCAUGAUUGCCUGACACGUCAGAAUUCGAUACCCAUCCAGCUCUUACCGUACAGAGUACAGUGCUUACCGUCCGUCCGUGGAGAUACCUAG